UAAAAAACAGCAAAGAAUAUUAUCGGAUGACGUAAUGAUUAUAAAUGUUAAAAAGAACUAAAGCUAAUGUCGACAGCGAAAAUAUAAUUCGUGUAGAUAAUUUACAUUCAUUCGGAUUUCAUCGUAGUUUGUCCAAACGCGAACCUGCUGUCGUCUGAAUCGAUACUCGACGCAUAAGAACAAAUUAUGGCUGUUCCAUUUUCAAACACGAAGUUGAGAGUUCCUAAGGGAUUCCAAAAUAUCUUGGAGGGACUAACCAGAGAAAUUCUCCGAAGUCAGCCAGAAAAUCCUUUUGAAUUUGGUGCUAAAUAUUUUGAACAGCUUCUGAGGGUUAGAGAAGAGACAGGCCAUGACCCAGCCAUUCACGGUGCCAGACUGGAGGACAGAUACUACAACAACGACUCCUUCAAGUCACCCUCGGUGGACCCCGGCUCUCCACAGCAACAAGAUGCUGCCCUCACGAUACAGACAAACUACCGUAAACACACGGCAGAGAAAGACGUAGCAAAACUGCGCGAAGACGAGGCCGCCGAGAAGAUUCAGGCUGGUUUCCGAGGUUACCAGGAUCGGCAGAAGUUUUCGGAGAUAAAGUCGCGGAAAGAACAUGGGGAACAACCUUCAGAAACCCCAGAGGAUGAAGGAGAGCCCAGCAAAGACGAUGAUGAUGCAGACAUUGACCUCAACGAUCCAGAGGUCGAAAAGGCGGCAGUAAAGAUUCAGGCAGGCUUCAAAGGUUUCAAGGCUAGACAGGAGAUCAAGGAGAUGAAGGGUAAAGCCCCUGCAAAAGCUCCAAGCCCCACCCCCAGCCCUCCUCCAUCCAGGGGCAAAGAUAAUGACAUAGAUAUUGACCUCGAUGACCCGGAGGUCAACGCUGCGGCCCUUAAAAUUCAGUCCGGUUUUAGGGGUCACAAGAGUAGGCAGCAGGUGAAAGAAAUGAGGCAGCAGUCAGCCAAUCAAGACACCCCUAAACGACAACCUAGCCCGACCCUCACCCCUCCUCCAGCCAAGGGCAUUGAUAAUGACAUAGAUAUUGACCUCACUGACCCGGAGGUCAAUGCCGCAGCCCUUAAAAUUCAGGCAGGCUUUAGGGGCCACCAGUCUAGGCAGCAAGUGAAAGAAAUGAAGGCCCAAAAAGGUGGCAGCGCAAAGACAGAUUCAGCAAAAUCCAAUGAAUCCAUAGACCUAGAUUUGAAUGACCCCGAAUUAUCGAAUGCGGCACUAAAGAUUCAGACAAGUUUUAGGGGCCAUGUGGCCCGUAAGGAGGUUGAAGCCAUGAAGGAGGCAAGAAAUUCUGCGACAACAGAUAGAUCAAACAAAGACGACAUAGACAUUGACCUAGACGAUCCAGAAACCGAGAAAGCAGCAUUGAAGAUUCAAGCAGGAUUCAAGGGCUACCAGACGCGGAAAGAGAUCAAGGCAAAACGGGAAACGCAAGAAGCAACAAAAGCAGAUUUCAACAAACCAGAGCCUGAUGGCAAAAAUAUUGACAUUGAUAUGGAUGAUCCAGAAGUUGUAGAAGCCGCAACUAAAAUUCAGGCUGGUUUUAAAGGUUUUAAGACUCGUCAAGAGUUAAAGGCGAAAGCGGCAGCAUCUAAAGAUGAGGAAUCACAAGGUAAUAAGGGUGAUAUGGAUGCAAAUGUUGAGGGUGAUGUUGAAGCAGAGGGUGAGGGAGAAAAUCAGGCUGAGAAUGAGGGGGAAAAGCCUGACGAGGUUGAUAUUGACUUAAACGAUCCUGAGGUGCAAAUGGCCGCCACUAAAAUUCAGGCUGGGUUCAAGGGGUUCAAAACUAGGAAAGAAUUGAAGGAAAAGAAAUCACAAGCAAAGGCAGAUGAUGAUUAAUUUUUUCUUUAAAUAUUUCUUUCUAGUUACUAGAGCUCUUUAACUUACUUUCAACUCUUUAUUUUAGUUACUGGAAGAGAAACGGCUCAAAAUCAGUUUUAAUUUGUUAGCUGUUCCAAAUUUCUAUUUGGAAAGAGAAUGUUUUUGAAAGAUUUAACAUACAGAGGUAAAUGUUAAAUCUUAAAAAUGUGAAAUAAAGUAAUAUGAUUAAUAUGCAAAAUUGUUUUAAAGAAAUUAAAGUAAACUUUUGCUCAUGUAAUUAUUGUAUAUCUUGAUUUGCUCUUUUUUGUCUAGGCUAUUACCGUUUUGAAUUGGUUUAUUUGUAUUUGAUAGCAAAUCCACAUAAGAACAGUGAUUAAUACUUGAUAGAUCUUUUUUUAAAUCAAGUUAUGCAUGUUUGUUCGAGUAUACACUUUUUGUUUGCAAUCAUUAUUAUUUGAUUCUGUAACCUACACGUAUUUUUAUUUAUUAAAUCAAUGAAGUAUUCUACUUUGUUAUACUCUGCUUAUUUAUGUCUUUUGUUUUUGUUUUCUUCAGAUUAGAGAUAUAUCAACAGGUAGUUUUGGGUACAUACUGCCCUGAUGUGAAUAGACUUUUAAGGAAGGGUUGUUGAAAAAAAAUUGGAUAUUGAAAUUACUGUUUACAUAUUUGAGAAUCUCGCAUUUAACAUUGUUUUCAUUACUGAGGGUUUGACAACAUGAAUUAAGGUCUGAAAUAUUUUUCAACACCCCUUCUAUAUUGUGAGUUGUGCUGAAAUUGAAAAGUGUGUGGCAAAAGCUGUGAGUUUGCAUCAAAAGCCUGACUUUGUUUUGUUGUUAAAAUGUGACAUUCCAUUCCCCCAAAUAAUGCUAAUACAGACAUUACUGAAGAAUAAAACAAUAUCAACGCUAAUCACAAUCUUUUUUUGUUACAAAUUAAGGCAAACAAUAAGUUUACUGAAAUGAAUAAUGAUUAACAUAUAGAAAUAUAAUUUAUAAAUAUCCAUUUUAAAGUAAUGAGAAACAUGCUAUGGUUACAAAAAUUGUUUUCAAAGUUUAUUUUAAUUGUCCUUUUCUUAGCAGUUUCAGGCAGGAAUUAAAUUUAAAAAAUACAGAGAAUAAAGAACAAUAAUUUGUGCUAUAUCAAAAAAAAAUAAGUGAAAUGAGGGAAAUUUGUUCCUGUAACUGAGGAUGAUUGUUUUCAAAUGAGGGAGAAAAUAAGAAAUCUACACUUUAAGUAGCACAAUAAAUUGUUGAGACUUAAUUAUUAAUAUUUUUUUAUGAAACACUCAGCUUUUGCCCCUUUUUGUGUGGAGUUUUAACAUCACAGUGUGGUGGGUUUUGUGGAUUGGAAAACAGAUGAUUUUAAAUCUCAGGAAAGAAGCUAUUAAUCCAUGUUUCAUUACUUUCUAAAAAAAUCAAACCUAAAUUUCUAGGAUCUUGUUUUUAUUUGAGUGUUCAAAAUAGAGUUGCUUAUUAUUGCAAAACAAACCAGCAAUAUUCUUGAUGUGCUUUGAUACAUUUUUCUUGCUUUGUACAUGCAGUGUUUGGCAUCUGUUGCACUGUUCUAAUUAAAUAAUGUGUAUUUUACAUUUCAUUUACCUGGAUUUCAUUCGUAUAGAAAUGAGAGUGUGCUUUCUUCAAAUCAUCAUUAUGUUGGGCAUGCUUCAUGAAAUUAUUUCAAUGAAGGCAAAAUAACUUGCAGUAAGUGUUUCUACAAAGAAAGUGAAUAUCUAAACAUUAAUGUCAAAAUUCAUGUAUGAUUACUUUUAUUUUCAAAAGCAGAGGAUUUUAUGAUAAAGGGCCAAUAACAAUACUGUUUCAUUAUAGUAUAUGAAUAUAAAUAUAUAUGCAUUUGUGGGCACUAGCAUUCAGAGUCUCCAGUUUUCACUUAAAGAAGUUGGUUGGACCUUUAACUAACACCACCAAUAUUUAAUUUCACUUGCAAUGUACGUUUAAGAGUUAAAUCACUAUAGAACAUGUUUAUUUACCAUGGCCAAUGGUUGUGCCACAGAACUUUGUUAACAUCUUAUUAUAAACCUGCAUGAAUGUCAUACAAGUGUUGAUAAAAGCAAAUCAUUAUCUGAAAUAUUUUUCAGUUAGGAAUAUGAUGUGUUUUUUUUACAAAUUCUGCAAAUAACGGAUUCAAAGUCUUAAAGAGUUGAAUUCACCUAUAAAUAGACUUUUUUUGUGAUAGAAAUGUUCAAGUGCUUUAAAUAAUUUUAAACAUUAGGUGAUUUUUUUCCUUUAAUGAUGUUAAUUUUAUAAUGUCAUGUUUUCAAUGAUAUUUAGCAUAUUUUAGUACAUUUUCAUAAUACUGACUUGUCCAAAUCAUACAAGAUGUUUGAGUACAGCUGUUUUACCAUGUGUAUUCCCAAUAUAUUUCUUUUUUGAUAAGUCAUGUUCCUUAUAUUCUAUUAUUUGUCAUGGAACAUUUGCACCUAUCCUAGGUAUAAGAUUUGAAUCAUUUUGACCAUCAAAACUCUUCAAUCCUAAAGCUGUUCCCAUCUUUGAACAAGUCAAUCAUUUGAUGUAAGACAUCUCUUAAUUUAAUAAGCCAAUGACAUGUUUGGCUCAAGACUUGUCACUUCAUAUUUCUGGAAUUAACCAUUUGAGCACUAAUAUUCGCCACAUGUUUAAGGGAAGUAACUUGUUAAACCACAAAGUUGAAAUUAUUAGGCAUUAUUUCCCUUAAUUAUUUCCCUAACUCACCAUAACGUGUUAACAUUUUAGUAGCAUUUUACAAUUAUCAUCUGCAUUCCAUGACCACAGUCUGAUUGUAUAGUGUUUCUCAGAUAUUCCAACUCAGAAACAGAACUGAACCUAUAGACCAAUUCAGCUGUAAAUUGUUACAUUUAAAUAAUUGAUACUAUUUAUGCUUUUCUAUUUUAUAACUUUGAUUUUCUUGUUAUAACUUAGUUUUCUGUUUGCAACUUAUCUUUUGCAACUGUAUUUUGAAUAAACAAACAAAAACUGUCA